ACAUUAAUUUCUGCAAUCGCGUAAACAUGGUUCUAGGAUUACGAGUAGAAUAAAAACAUAAGAUAUACAUUUCCAUAUUCUAUCUUGAAACUAUGUAUAAUAAUUCUGACAUCUCGAUGAUACAAGCAUUUACGUGACACCCCACUAACACUUUGGUAUGGUAUUAGCUUUUUCAAUAAAAUACUUUAUUCUUCUGUUUUACUUAACUCACAUAUAUUUAUAGUUAUAGUUAACUCAUUCCUUACCUUUAAAUUUCGCGCACUUAUGCUAGAACCAAUCGACAAUGCAGCAGUUGCGGCACCAAUGUGUCACGUGAUCACAGCUCUUCCGCAAAGCGCUUCACUUAUGAUAUGGCGGGCACGCGCCACACGGUGGUGCAUGAUCUAGAAGGAUAAAAAUUCGAGGCAGGCGACACAUCGAAUGUGUCCUCUUUUAUAACCUCUAAAUCUGUAUUUUCGUACUUGUAUCUUCGCGAGACGAUACGAAGCGGCAAGCUAUUUCCCUGGCCUUUCUUGAAAUCUGCACAGCCGGUCGAUCGUUCAUUUACAAGAGGUUUACCCCAAAAAUCGAUAACCACAGGUUAUACAUCUAUAAAGUGUGGGUCAUGCAGACCACUUGCAGAGUAAUGUAAUGAAUAACUGUGGGAACUCUAAUACUAGCACGAGGCUACGUGGUUCCAAGUGCACCGAGACUCAAGACGAGUCUGUAAAUCAAGGAGGGGAUAUAGAGAAAGAAGACAGUGGCGUGAUAAGUGGUUACAGUGUAAAUGACCUUAAUGUAUCGCGCAGUACCCUGGUCAUUUGUCAGCGAAACUCCAAUUACUCGUCAGACCACGGAUUUGCUAGAUUUAAAUCAAGACUCAGUGGUAUUCCAAGAAAUGAAUUUCGAAUGGCACGUGGUGGUAGCUCUGCAGAUCGUGCCAGAGGUGGAAUACGUGGCAGAGCUUUUAAAAAGACCCUCAACGAUCGUGAGUCAAAUUCAGAGUCUAUCCAUCACUCUACAUCUAGACCCAAGUUUCAAGAAUCGUUGAAAAAUCAUGAGAAUGCGCAGGGCAAAUACUACGAUGAUAAAAGAAUAAAUGAGGACUCGAAGAUUUCCAAGCUUUUGCGGCGAUUGUGUCGCGAAGAUGAUUACGAUCAUCUCAUGGUGCUUUGCAAGCAAGUGCAGGAAAGUAUCGUCGCACCUGAAAAUCAACGAUUCAUACGACGAAAUUUGGAAAAUAUUUGUGAAAGUCUGUUAGAUUUUUUACACUCUGGUCCUGGUCAGGAGGCAAGACAACAGAUUGCAAAAUGUUUGGGUCGAAUUGGAUACGUAGUGGAACAAGAUUUUAAAAGGUAUAUAGACUGGAUCUUCAGCAAAUACUUAUUGGAACAUAAAGAUGAUGUGAAAUGUCUAUUAAUCAAAUCACUUAUUGAGACGCUUAAGAUGGACCCUGAAAUGUCUAAAUUGAAAGAAUUUGCCGUGCCAAUAAUGUCUCAAUUACAAUCAAUAUUGGAAAAUGUUGAUAGAGCAGAUUUACUAGUGGUAACUGUGGAUGCUAUAUUACUCAUCAUAGAUUCCUAUCCAGAGACGUUUACGACCCAUUUCCGCGAUACCGUGGACAUACUUGUGGGUUGGCACAUCGAUUCCACGCAACAAAAGUCAGUUGUCGUUUAUGCGAGUCGAUGUUUACAAAAGUUGCGUUCAUUCUGGAUAGCGGAUAUGCAGUUUACUCUGACGUUAUUAGGCCAAUUCUUGGAAGAUAUGGAGAGUUACGAUGAGGAAUUGAAUUUGCCCGAUUCUGGACGUACUUCGCCCGGCGACGAUGGAUCCCCAACACCGAGAGAAUGUAUCCUGCGAAUCACGUCAUUAAUAUCUGUCUUCAAUACAGUAACCAAGAGCAUAGCCGAACAUUUAAAUCCAAAUCUUGCACCUAACGUACAGUGGUCUUUUCUAACAAAUUGUCUGUCCAAGAUGCUCAAGACCGUUGUCAAAGCGAUCGAAUUGGAAGAAGAGAAUGAUACUUGGCCCAAAACAUCCAAUAACACGGAAAACUUGGUCAGAUACGUAAGAAAUGUGAGUUCGUCGGAAAAACAUGUCGAGAUGCUUUCCAAACAUUUCAAUAAAGACGAGAUUACCGAGGAAAACCUUAUUAAGAUGAUCAAAUCCCUUACUUUAAAUAAGAAAGUUGAUAAGAAAAAUUUCAAGAUAGGUUCUGAUAAAGGAAAUGCUCUGUCCAAGGAGAAAGGGCAAUUGUUGAUGAAUGUAUUGAGAUCAAUGGAACCUAGAGACAAACAGAUAGAAAACUUGGCGGAAGAAAAGGAAGAAUUGAUCGUAGUCGCGAAUGAAUGCGCCUUCUUGCUUCUCGGAUAUCUUCAGAGCCGUGUAGCAAAAAAUCACGAUCUUCUUUAUAAAUUUAUCCAACUUCAAUUACAGAGAGUCAAUAUUUUUUGGGACGAUACUAUUAUUUCGAUGUUGACUAUCAUAUCGAAAAUAAUAAAAGAAGUGUCCGCGAACCUGCCACUGGAGUUAGUACACAUAUUACUCGGCAAGAAUUCAACGCUGCUGAAAUUGAGAUUCCGAAAUUCCAUUUCUAUUCAAAAUGCGAGUCUGGGAGUAUAUCACAGUCUUCUAAGCCUGAAAAAUAUUCCAUUACUGCAAGAAUCUUAUCGCUAUAUACUAGCGGAUUUGGAGAUCGCUUACAGGCUCAUACUACCCAACAUGGACAUCUUGGUUGACAAUCCAUUAAAUGAUUUGAAAUACAGUAAAAGUGACGUUGAGAUUGUAGUUACGUUUAUCCUAUGUGCACUUUCGGACAUAGCAAACGCAAGUAAUUCGAUUAUUGGAAUGUGGGCUCUUAAACCAAGUAUCUUGGAACUUGUCGCAGUCAAGUUAAAACCAUACGAUACUGCACUAUCUUCGGCGAGUCCGUUUUUACAAUAUAACAUUCUGUAUUUGCUUUACGCACAUUGUUCCAGGUACAAUCACUUUGUUCCAAGUUCCAGUUUGAUAACAGGUACCACCGCUUGUCGCCCGAUGGACAUGUUUCCUGGGACUUUGGAUGUACCAGCGACAUCACCAUCCAGUGGUCAUCUGUCUAUAAUUCUCAAUUUGAUAGCAAAGACGUACAACAAGAAUACACCUGCAUGCACCUUGCUUCUUUUGUCCACUUGGUUGCAAGAGAUUUGUGUACAGUCUGAAAAAUACAUUGGGAUCUUGAGUGAAACUCAGGAGUGCCAAAAUAUCAUUUCGUGUUUAAUCAAUUGCGGUGCUACAACCAAUGACGACGUUGCGAGCGCGGCGUGCAAUCUCUUGGAAAUAUUAGUGACCGCGAAGAAUGUGGUAUGGAAGCAAGAGAUCUACUCAAGUAUCGUCGAUUUAGCAACGUUGCAUUUGACCUCUUGUAACAAAACCAUUCGCGAAAAGUACGGCGCGCUGCUAAUGUGUAUGCCCAUUAAUAUUGUUAUACCGAAAUUAAACAAACAGCAUUUAUUCUCAGAUACCAAGAAGGUACGAGAAAUCGUGACCUAUUCGACAGAAUCAUUGAUUCUUGCUCAAAGAUUGCACAUGCGAGGUAACAACAAUGGAGAAUUGUUGGCGCAACAUUUUAAAACGUACAUGGCGUUUCUUUUACAAGAACAUUAUCUCGACGCAUCCGGGUUGUCGGAGAUAUUUACUUUGUGUUGGCCUGCCAUACCGGAAAAUGGGACUACAGCGAGGAUGUAUGAUUUGGCACUGGCAAAUUGUACAUUCCUGUUUUUUUGGAGCGGUUUUGAAGCGGCGCAACACUGCGUCCUCAACAAGCUUCGUACUUCUCUGGGGAAGCCGCAGGAAACGUUUACGUCGAUCGAGAGUGCCCUGAAAAUUCUGGCUCGUGAGAUAUCGUGCCAUAAUGGAAUGGAGAAGGACAUGAUGAAAAAGGAGAGACUGGGAUUAGAUCACAUCUUGCACGAGCACACGCGGGUGCGACUCUUGGUCGAAUUUCUGGAACAUCUGGAAAGAGUAAUUCACAAUGCGGCUGACGGUUGCGCGAUGGCGCUCUUGCCAUUGUCAAAACCAGUUAGGACCUUCUUUCACACAAACAAGUCAACAUGCAAGGAAUGGCUAAAUCGUAUACGAUUGGCCCUGUGCGUGGUCUCGUUACACUCGGGCUUGGCAACGAGUGCGCUGCGAAACGGCCAGAGGUUACUCGAGGAUUUGUGCAAUGUUGAUAAUACGCAAGGCAUUGAAUUUGAGAGGGCAACUCUGUGGACGGCACAGGCGAUGGUCACGCUCGGCGAAGCGGAAGCGUUACAAGGUCUUUACGUGUACACCAAGAGCAAGGACAGACAUUUUCCGUGGCUGAAGGCGGCGAUGGAGGAGGCCGCCGGACGUUACGAGUCAGCGGCGGAUGUCUACAGGCAGAUGAUCGACGAACACAGCGCUCGUGUCGUUAAACCAAACGACGACGAAAAUCGCAGACUCGAGAGUGACAAUCAGGUACUAGGCUUCUGUAUGCAAAGGCUCUCCAAUUGUUAUAAAUCGGUCAACGAUUGGUCCGGAUUAGUCGAGUGGAAAUCACAGGAAACAGAGAUGCUGCGGCAAGAUGAUUAUACCAUCCUGAGAAGGCAAAUGACGGAAAAUAUCGUUCCGCAACAGGCAGAUUGCCUGAAAAAAUUCGAGAAAGGUGAAUUGAUUUCAUUGGACGAAUUAACCAAUUGGAAUUUACUGGACGAGGAGAAGAAAAGUAAUUGGAGCUGCGCGAAACAAUUGGUUGCGUGUAGCAAUAGUUUGACGAAUAUUGCACUGAGGCUUCACUUCAAUGAAUUCGAUGACUCGUUUGACGAAAGUGUUAUCGAGAAGUGCCAAAAAGUUGCGGCCAAGAUAAUGCAGGACGGAUUACGAAAUGUACCGUCGGAGUAUCUCAGCGACGCUAUAUUGCUCCAGUAUUCCGCGACGGGGCUGAAGAAUUUAUCGCGCGGCAAGAAGGACAGGAAUAUUUUCGAGUUGUACAAAAUCGAUAAAGUCAAUAAUAUAAAUUCGAACAUUUUGACGCAGAUUUUGUGGUGGUCCGAGUAUCUGGAUCAAGCAUGCGACAGUAGCUCUUCCGCGGAAGUGGACAAUUUACGAUUACACGUCGUCAGAACAGCCAGGAAAGAGGGUAACUUUAAUUUAGCGAAACGAGAGAUAAUUAAAUAUUUGAAGUCGGAGCGAGACUCGAUCCGACUGCAAAUUCCGAUUGCUUGCACUUUUACCGAAAUCACGAGCAGUAUGCUAAACAACGGGUCUGUUGACGUGAAAUGGACCAAGAGUAGUAUGAGGGCCUUCAGGGAAUUAUCGAAAUUACUUUAUGACAUGGAGAACACGAACGAGGCAUUGAGAAUGUGCUGCGUGACUGCGUUGGGAAUUUCGCGUGCGAUAGUUAGUGGCGAGCAAUCCGCCGAUUUACGAGAAACAGGAACCAAGCUCUUGCUCACGCUGGCCAAGUGGAUACAGCAGGACACAAAUGUGAACGAGAACCCCCAGCUGGAGGAAUUGCUCAGAUUCGAAGCCAUGCACAAUGAUGGCUUAAUGGACAAGCUAUUUGGCGAGACAAUCGAUCUGAUUCCCAAGUCGGACAUGAUAAUCGGUAAAUUGAUGCAACUCGGUGUGAAUCAAUGUCCAGAUCUGCCGCGCGCCUGGUCCAGCUUCGCUGCUUGGUGCUAUAAGUGGGGCCGGAAAAUCGUGGACAACUCCAAUUCUGGCCAACUGACGGAUACCGAUCGUAUAAACAUACAGUCCUUACUGCCGAUAGAUAUAGCCGAGGCCGACCUCGACACCGUAUUCUCUAUAUUGAGUCAAAACAAAACCAUACCCGAGGAUGAGGGCGAUAUCGAUACGAACGACAUAAACACAUCCGACAUGAUAGAGAGUCAAUUGAGGAACGUGUCGGUCUUAAACCACGCCAGCAAUGAACAUCUCGGUAUGUUGGUCGACAUCUGGCGACAGGCGCAGAAGAGGAUCUAUUCGUAUUACGAACUUUCGGCGAACGCGUACUUCAAGUACUUGCAAUUGGCGAAUAACGACAGCAACGAGUGCGACACCAUCACGGCGACCUUGAGACUAUUGCGACUCGUGGUGAAGCAUGCUUUGGAGUUGCAAAAUGUUCUCGAGGCCGGUCUUUCGACAACCCCGACCGCGCCAUGGAAGGAAAUUAUACCGCAAUUAUUCUCGAGGCUUAGUCAUCCCGAAGCUUAUGUGAGGACACAGGUGUCUGAGCUAUUGUGCCGAGUGGCAGAGAAUUCACCGCAUUUGAUCACGUUCCCAGCCGUGGUAGGUGCGGUAUCCGGAAGCCAGAAAAAGAUCUACGACAAGAUCCGAGUUUAUGAGAAGCCAGAUAACGAUAAUAAUUUGCAGAAUGAUAUAGACAUGAACGCUGCUAUGGAGGAGCAAGAAGAAGAAGACGGACGACAGCGGCGGCAGCAGCAGCAGGAAGAAGAGGGGAGGAGAGAGGACGAUGACGAGGAGGAAGAAGAGGAGGAGGAGGAGGAGGAGGAGGAGGGGGAGGAGGAGGAGGAGGAAAACGAAAACGAAGAGAUGGCAACGGAAACGAUAACCGUAUACAAUGACGAUCACGAGAGUUUUAUGGAUUCUUAUUUCUCACAGUUGGUCGAUUGUCUCUCUAAUCGUAUCCAGGAUUCAGUGGUCCAAGUAAAGGUGCUAGUGAAGGAACUCCGACGAAUUACGUUGCUGUGGGAUGAACUGUGGCUAGCAACGUUGUGCCAACAUCACGCGGAAAUUACCAAACGUUUCGAGCAGUUGGAGAUGGAGAUUCAGCGAGUACAGGACAAUAUUUGGCUUACGCCCGAAGAGAAGGCUAAAUUGAUCGCGGAAAAGCAUAGGAUUAUUUUGAAACCGAUUACAUUUAUAUUGGAGAAUCUGCUAGCUAUGACAUCUGUACCUACCGAGACGCCGCAUGAGAAAAGCUUUCAGGAGAAAUUUGGUGCAUCCAUCGAGGAGGUGAUAAAUCGACUCAACAAUCCCAAGAAUCCGGCAAAGCCUCAAGUGGCCAGUUUGGCCUUGAAACACUUGGAAAGCAAAUUGGCGCAACGCGUGCAUCGACGAGCCGCUUAUUCUUUGUCAAUGAUGGAUAUCAGUCCUGUCCUGGCCAAUCUGAAGGACACUUGCAUUGCCAUGCCGGGCGUCGCUACUAUGGGCGCCGAUAACAGGAUAGUCACCAUUAUGUCGGUGGACAAUAAUGUUCAGAUUCUACCGACGAAAACAAAACCUAAAAAGCUCAUGUUCCACGGGUCCGACGGUCACGUAUACACGUACUUAUUUAAAGGAUUGGAAGACUUGCAUCUGGACGAGAGAAUAAUGCAAUUCUUGAGCAUAUGUAACACUAUGAUGUCGAAGAACAGCGAUACUAAGGUCUAUAGGGCGCGCCACUAUUCGGUGAUCCCGUUGGGUCCUAGAUCUGGUCUCAUUCAGUGGGUCGACGGCGUGACGCCAUUGUUCAUACUUUACAAGCGAUGGCAACAACGUGAAUGUGCCGUGACCAGUAAAACCGCUGGUGGCAAUUCUACGAUUAUGCGACCAUCCGAGUUGUUUUACAAUAAACUGACACCGUUGCUAAAGGAGUGCGGAAUCGGUUUAGAAAAUCGGAAGGAGUGGCCUAUUCACGUGCUGAAAAAAGUAUUGGAGGAAUUAAUGAGGGAGACUCCGAAGGAUCUACUGGCGAAAGAAAUUUGGUGCAACAGCAUCAAUGCUGGCAGCUGGUGGCAAGCUACCAAGAACUAUUCAUAUUCCGUUGCGGUAAUGUCCAUCAUUGGUUACAUCAUAGGUCUAGGCGAUAGACAUUUGGACAAUGUUCUCGUCGACCUUAACACCGGCGAAGUUGUGCACAUUGAUUACAAUGUCUGCUUUGAAAAAGGAAAAACUCUACGUGUUCCGGAAAAAGUGCCAUUCCGCAUGACGCCAAAUAUCAAAACGGCUCUAGGAGUAACCGGAGUCGAGGGUAUAUUUAGGUUUGCUUCCGAGCAUACUCUAAGAGUGAUGCGCAGAGGCCGCGAGACACUUCUCACCUUACUGGAGGCGUUCGUCUACGAUCCUUUGGUGGAUUGGCGGGCGGGUGCGGAUACCAGCAUAGCGAGUUACGGCGCUUGCCAGGCCAGAGCGAGAUGCACCGGCGUUGGACGGAAACAACUCGAGCAGGAGCUCACGCGUGCAAUGUUUGCAGUAAGAACGGCGGAGAUGCGCACCGAGUGGCUGACUAAUCGAGACGAAUUGGCUAAAACCUUGCCGUUGCUGUGCCAUCAUCUAAAUUGUUGGAUUGAGGCUACCGAGGCAUCGCGUCAAUGUCAGGAUUUACUGCAGGACCGACAUCAACAGCUCGCAUUAGUGAAAGAGGCGCAGGCGAUGGGUCGGAAUCACACGUUAUAUUCGGUAGUGAAGCGAUACAAUUCGUUCAAACGAGCGCGGGACUCUCACGAGAAAGCAAAAGCAGGUCUGAGGGAGAAGAUAGACGAGUGUGAGAAACAGAUUAAUGUGCACAAUAUCGCGUUGGCUGCAGUGCGAGGACCUCAGCUAGGACAAUGGCUAGCAGAAUUGGGAAGCUUGACCAAUCAACAGGAUCACGUAGUGUUCGAUCUUGUGAAGGAAUUCCUACAGAACGCCGGACAAAGUCAGAUGAUUGUGCAAUGCGAGCAGUCGGAGAACGAACUGACGCAACUAGCCACCGAUCAGGCCUUCUCCAUAAGCAAAUGCUUAGAGCUGUUGAAUCAGUAUUCCGCCAUCUGCAGUUUGUACCCUCUCAGCAGCCUGUCGCAUCAUCGUACCGUGCUUUAUCAUGCUUGGGCGAACGAACUGUUGGCCUCAGGUACCGUUGAGACGUGCCACGAGGUCAUGGCGCGGUUCGAAGCGAGUCUAAAUCCAAUCAAUCCUAACAAUCCGCAAGUUCAACAGAUAAUAACAUUCUCCUAUCAAUUGGAGGCCAUCUUGAACGAGUAUAGCGAGAGAUAUAAAAAGAUUUACGAGAGGACGGUAUCCGAAGGUUUACCGGAAGCUGGUAAUAGAAUCGAGAAGGCGUACACAGAGUCAAGGACGCAAAUUACGGGAUUUCUCCGACGAGAGAAGGGUGCGGAAAGAGCGCUCGAAUGUGUCAAUGUUACCGCGCUGUGUGCCUUGAAUCAGAGAUAUUUGAUGAUGGAGGGCGCUGCCAAGUGCGCCGGAGAUUGCUUAGUAGAUCUUACUUCUCGCGAGGGGGACUGGUUCCUGGACGAAAUGCGUCUGAUGUCGUCGUUGAUCGCAGAGUUAGUUACGUUGAUACCGGAAAAUCACAAGACCAACAACGAUCCCAAGAUCGCGCUUAUCCUCAAAUGCCUCAAGAGUGCCGAUUGUAUCUAUAAGGGUUUGCAGGAACUCAACUACAACUUUCAGACCAUUAUAUUGCCGGAAGCGAUCAAGACCAUUGUCACGGAGGAACCGAGUGUUAUGCGAAUGAUAAGCGAGCUCGGUGAGAUUAUAAUACUGACCGGAAUACCCCUUGGUGAUAUAUUGGCGCAACUCGAGAUGCAUCUCCGAUUCACCGUAAUGGAGAUGGAAAGCCCGCAUGCGGUAGUACAGAAUAUAGUGAUGAACAUGAGAUUACGAUUCGAGGCGUUAUUGUCGCGACAGGCGGAAGUUCAGGAUUUUAACCAAGAGGAAACUUUGACGCCGGGUCAGAUGUUGUUGAUGGGUUUUAACGGUCUGUUUGAAAAAUUGCAAAUGGAAGGUAACGCUUUAGUGGCUACCCUGAGUUCCUUGGACAUUCCGAUGAAUUGGAAGAAAAUCGAUCAAAUACGCGAGGCCAAAGAGAUGUCGGCGCCCAUUUUCAACAAAGCGGCCCGACAAGUUCUCGAAGACAUAUUCCUGAUCAAGAGAUUGCAUACUAUACAAGAAUUUUUUAUGAUGUGCAGAGAUAUUGCUACCGCAUUUAAGGGUGGGUUGGCGAAUGUAUACGAUGACGAACGGCUCAACAAACCCGUCCGUGUGUUCACGGCCGAUUAUGUUUCGAGGCAAUUGCUCGGCGUGACGUCGCAAACGUUGGGGAUUGCCUUGUGUUUUUUGCUGCAGCGAAUGGGCCUGAAUGUAACCACUGAGAUCGAACAAAGAGACAUUGGAGCAGAGAGCAAAGUUUCGCUGGAGGAGCUCUGUCGGAAGAUGGUAGACCUGUGCUUGAAAAAGGGCUUGUUCUCAACCUCGGUCUUGACGCAAGCAGGCGCGUUGAGUAGUACUUUGGAAAGCGCUUGGCGACGGAAACAGGCUGCUAGAUUAGCGCAGCAGAGCGCCGAGGUAGCCAGAGUCAGUCUUCAGAGACUUCAACUUCAACAGACAGCUUAUCAUUGGUUACACGAGGAUAUUCUAAUAAUGAGACCCAAUAUCAGUCCAAUUAAUCCAAUGAAUCCAAUGAAUCCGAUGCAUCCUAUGAACCGUCUAAAUCGCUCUACCUUUAUGCUAGAGUUACGAAAAAAGGCAGCGAAACUGUCCAAUUUGCAGUCGCGAGUGUGCGAGGCACGCGAACAACAACAAAAUCUUGUUUCGAGUGCUAUACAACGUCUUAAAUGGGCUGCCGGCGCCAAUCCAGCACUUGGUGAAGUCAUGUCUGCAUUUGACAACGCGGUAUUGUCAUCUUGCGAUAAGUUGACUAGACAACACAAUCUAGCCGUAAUGGUAGUGAACACAUGCAAUUCUAUAUUGCACUACGAGGCCUUGAGGACCAGGACGUCGGAGAGUGUAACGCAUGAUGCCAAUCUGGCGAAAUUGAUCAAGCAUUGGGAGGAAAGUUGCGUGCUAACGUGCAACCUUAACAUCACUGUUUCCAUGAUAGAGGAAAGUCUUGUACAGCUGCUACAGCUGGAAAACAAUGUGGACACCACGUGGUUGAAGCAGGCUGAGAAAAUCGUGUCCGAAGUAAUAAUCGACACUCAGAAGAAGCUGCAGGAGAAACAAGAAGCUCUUUUCACGGCCGAAGAUUAUUUGAGAGAACGAGUAAUGAAUCUGCAGAACGUACUCGCCGAGCAUCACCGAUUAAUGUCGGACAUUCGAGCAUUGCUAAAAACAAUGGCCAAGCAAGAGAACAUUGAUGGUCUACAGGACUUUCUCUUCGCCUAUCGAUCCUUUACGGAGAACAUUUCGGCGAUAGUGAAGGAAUUAGAGUCCGAGAAUUUCGACUCGGCUCGUGGUAUGAUGAUGAAAAAAGAAUUGGAGGCGAUAGCGAUUAAAGUGCCCAGCCUGUACAAUCGAUUGCUGGAGUUUGCGAGUGAGCGCAACCUGAAUUUGGUCAAACCCGCAAGCAAUCUACCGAAGAAGAGGAGAAAGAAAAAGAAGGGAAAGCUGGUGCGGCAGAACAGCGUAUACCUGAGCCCGAAAAAGGGGACAUCACUGACUAGAGAUCCAACCACGGGUAAAGCCGUGCAAGAGCGGAACGCCUACGCGCUGAACGUGUGGCGCCGCGUGCGUAUGAAGCUAGAGGGCCGUGAUCCGCAAUCGUCACGCAAGUACACUACGGCCGAACAAGUAGAAUACGUGAUACGUGAAGCGCAGAGCACCGAAAAUCUGGCCCUGUUGUACGAGGGCUGGACACCGUGGGUCUGAACGAAUGACGGCUGGCGCUCGCGCGCCCCAAUGGCUCGACACUCGUCUCACACGGUAUUCAAAUUCGUACCGUCGUAUCUACGUCGUCCUACGUCGCCGUAGGAGGCAAAACACUCCGCUUUCGAAACCAGUUGAUGGAGUGUCCGGUAAAAACAUCAUCCGGGAAAUAAGUCGGUUUUACAGCUCGAUCGCGAUAUCGAUUCCUCCGGCGCGACAAUUGAAAACCCACUGUGCCGAGUGCCGAUUCUAUACUUUUCUCAAAAAUGAGGCUGACGUGCCUGCAAUCUAUUAUAUUUGGGGAUAUCUUUUUAUUUUUUUCUUUAAGGGGAAUGAGUAUAUACAAUAUCGAGCGAGCGCGAAUAAAUAAUAUUCUUUUGGAAGCCACGAAUUUUUGAGAGAAAUGUAGAAUCGGUCACGAAGAAUCCUUAACGGUGUAGUCGCGAGAAGUUCGGCUGACGAUAUUGAUGAGAAGUCCGAUGAUGAUGAUGAUGAUGAUGAUGAGGAAGAUGAUGAUGAAAGUCUCGAUAACGAUCGUUGUCAUAAACGGUCACACUGUUAAUUUAUUAUUGAUGGCUAACACGAGCUUGCCGUCGCGGCAUAAUGCUACCAUGCCAGAAAAGGAAAGCCUGGCGUUUUAAUCGAUGCAUUUAAAUCGAUUUGCACCGAUGUUACGUUAUAACUCUAGAUAUACGUAUGGUGUACACGCGAGCACACUUGACGAUUAAUUCAGAAUCCGAGAUUACAAAGGCUGCGGUCCACUUGACGCUACAAAUGCUUCGAAGCGUUUGAUUGACCAAUCAAAACAAAGAUUUUUACGAAUUGACCAAUCAAAGAACGCUUCGAAACGUUUGUAGCGUCAAGUGGACCGUAGCCACAGACAUACAUUAUUGCAUUACUUUUUAAUCGAGAUGAAAAAAUAAAACGAACCAACCCCUUUUAACAGAGAGAUUAAAAGUAAUCUGUUAUUAUUGAGUUAUAUGUAAUUAAACAAUUAAAUAUCUAAACUCGGCGCAUACACGUGCACGUGCGUGUAUAUUUAAAAAAAAAUGAAAUAAUUUCGCAGAACUAUUUAUUACCGAUUAACGAAACAAAAUUAUUUCUGUAACGGAUACACGCGUGACUUUGAAAGUUUGCCGUUUCGAUUCAUUUUGAGUUUUAUGGCGUUAGCAUCGGACGAUCUCAGCGAAAGAAGAAAUUCAUCAGCUUCCUAGCCAACAUUGACACUUGACAUAUUCUCGCUGCUCUCUGACGUCGUAUAUUUCGCCCAAUCAUUUUUUAAAUAUAUGCGGUCGCGCGUGAUAAGUAUUCUCUCACAUAUUGCAGAAGUAAUGUGACAAAGACUCCUUUCUUUCAAACUUUUUUAUCGCAAAUUUUAAAUUAUAAAUUGCAAAUUUAAUUUUAUAUAACUUAUUGGAUGUUAUAGAUGAUAAUACGAAACUGUUACGGAAACAAAAAUAGAAUCAUUUAUGGAAACGCAAUGAAAUUUUAUACCUAUACAAUCUUUGAAUUUUGUCUCUAACACAAAAUAUUUCGACAAAUUUUAUAUAACGAACAAUUACUAGUUUGGCGCAAACGGACUUUUUUGUGUAAGGAGAAAGAAUGGAGAAAAGAAGAUUCAUUACUUACCACAAAACAUUAUGUAAUAUUUAUACAAUAUAAAAUCCAUCUCCAUUAUAUUACUUGAUGCAAUAUGCUGAAACUAAUAUUAAUAUCAUGGAAACAAGCGAAAAUAUUUUUUGAGUGAGUGCUCGUUACUAAUUCAUCCGUAAGUAUUUCUAAUUCUUAUUGAAACAUUUCAGAAUCAUUUCCUAGAUGAAAAAGUUUGAGAAAUUUUAUUAGAAAAAAGUCUUGCAAAGCUACAAUGUGUUGUAAAAUAAGCUACUGUAUUACUAUUUUCGUAGAUGUUGAGAUGCUUUGAUUUUACAUCCAGUCCACUCAUUAAAAUUAGGGUCUCUCUGCCAGCCAUAUAUCGGAGGUGCAAUCACCACCAGGGUAUCUAUACAAAGAUUAAUAACACGAUAUGAAAUUUUUUUAUUGCACGAGAUAAAAUAAUAUUCUCUGGAAUGGAAAUUUUAAACUUUAUAUUAUAUUUAAGGCAGAAAUGAAUUGAAUUUAAGAAAUUGGCGUAUAUAAAUGAUUUAUGAAAUUAAAUAUGUUCAAUCUCAUUGAAAUUAGAAAUUAGAAUUGAUAAAAAGAAAAGAGCUGUAAAGAUUAUGUGAGUUUGUUCUUGGACAGUAAUAUAAAUAAAAUCUGAAAUUUAUUUCUUUUAA